AAAAAUGUACAGCAGUAGUCAUGAUAAAAACAAUAACAUUGCAGAACUAUUCUUCAACGCAACGGUACUAUCUUUAAGAGAAGAAUAUGAAAGAUUGGCCGAAAAGCAUAAAGAUUUACUGCUUAAUGAGUCUUUUUGGUUAAAAGAGGAGUUUCAAAAAUUAGAAGAUAUUAUUUGUAAAAACAUCCCUUUAGCGUCAAAAGAAAUUUAUAUCUCUUCAGUUAAUGAACCAAUAUUUAAAAAAUUAAAAUUCAAUGAUGAAUUUGAUAAAAGCUUUAAUUUGCAAAAACACGAUUCACAAUUAACCUCGAGUAGUAAUUUUCAAAUGUUCACAUGUGAUAAUGCGCAUGAAAACUGCGAACCAUUAUUUAAAAAAAUUAAAUUUAACAGUGAAAGCCAACCUGCUGAAAAUAGUGAAGAUGAUCCGGAUGCUAUUAAAAAAAGUGAAAAUAAAAGAAAAUUCGGUGAUGAGGAAGAAGAAAGUAUUAAAAGUAUUUACAAAGAAUUAUUUUCUAAUAUGAGGGUAUCAAUAGAGUCACGAAAUAUUCUACAGAUAAAGGAAUUGCUUGAUGUGGGCAUUUCAAUAUUAAAAUUAAAAACUAAUACAAUUUUAGUGGAUGAUUUAAUUACUCAGGCUUGCAAGUAUAAACUAAUUGAACUUUUAAAUUAUAUACUUAAACAACAACAAGAUAAACCCAAUUAUGAUACCGUAAAAGUGGAUAGAAUAAUUAAGAAAAACAAUUUAUUUUAUUUUGCAAUACGUUCAAAUGACAUCAAAAUACUAAAUAGGCUUAUUGAUCAAAACUCAAAUAAUAGUUUUGAAAAAGCUGAAAAUCAUCAAAAUUUAGAUACGAUCAUUUCAAAAGCUUAUGAAGAAUUACAACUGAGAAAUAUACCACUAUCAGAGGAUAUGAAAAUUUUUAUUGAAAAUAAGUUAACGAUUUAUAGACUUUCAUAUACCAAAAGCGGACUCCAAAAUAUAGAUCCGUCAUUUGAAGAAAUCAAGAAUAUAAUCAAAAGACGUAUAAACUUCAUGUUGGAAAAUAUAGAUACAUUGCAUACCGAAUACUCGAAUGAAGAGAAAAAAGUGGAUAGUAAAUUUAUACAUAUUUCUGUAUUUAUCGCCAAAAGCAUUAAUUUGCUUAAAAAAUUUUUAAAACCUACUGAAGCCAAAAUUCUUUGGGAACAAAUAGAAUUUUCGUUGAUCGCUUUUAUUUCUGCACACACACAACAUCAGGAAAUUAAUUUGUUUUAUAACGCGAUAUUAAGUAAAAAAAUUAUUCUGGGUUAUCUAAAUUACUUCGAAAAUGUGCUACAAAAUUUAGAGAUUGAAGAUAAGAACUAUAAAUCACGCAAACUUGAGAGGAAUAAAAAUGGAGUUUUACAAAACUUACAAAUCAUCAUUCGUAAUUUAGGCACAGAAAACAUUAAUUUGCUCUAUGACUAUAAGGCACUUAAAACUAUUUAUUCAUUAGAAAGAAUUCAGUAUUUUGUUAAAGUGGCAUUAAUGAGCUUUGAAAAUCAACAACAAUUUGGUCAUUUAGCGGUAGAGAGAGCUUUGCAAGUAAUGGGGGAAUAUUUAAAAAAUACAUCAGACUCACCGCAUUUGCCAAGUGAUUUGUGUGAAGUCUUAUUAUUUAACUUUGAAAAGAAUAUGAAAACAAUUGUAUCAACGUUACGGAAUCAAUUAUCCCAUUUGCAUACGCCCUUUGAUUUAAGGUCGCAAAACUCUGAAAAUAUAUUGAACAUUAAACAAGAUCUGAUUAAAAUCGAAAAUGCUUUAAAUAGUAUUAAUUAUGACCUUAAAAUUAAAAUAAUUGAAUUGAUGAAAAUAGUAAUUACAAAGAACAAAAAUAAUAUAAGCACAUGCGAAACACUUGUAAAUACUGAAAAUAUAAAAUUAAAUUACAAAAAUUUUUACAAUGAAAAGUCUAAGGACAUAAAAAAAAUUAGAGAAUUGGUAAACGAUUUCAAAAAUAUUUUAAAGAAUCCAACACCUUAUGAGAACGAUUUAUUUAAUGAAAUUGAAGAAAUCCUCACUCAACAAGAAAAGAAGCAAUCCAUAAAUGCCAAUUAUGGCCAUGAAAUAUUGUCUGUACUAGAAUUAACUGAUAAAAUGAAUGUUGAACAUGAUAUUGAAAAUAUUUUUCUUGAAAUUCAGUCUUUUGCAUAUGAAACAGUAGAAAUUAGAAACUUUAACCGUUUUGAACAAAUUCUGAUGUUAGUACAAAAUAUAUUUUUAAGCGCAAAUUCUAGAUUGAAAAAUCAGCGAUUUAAAGAAAUUUUGUUCGAAAUUUUUCGUUUUAUAAAAUUUGAAAUUAGAAAAAUUGACGGUAUAAAAGAACUUAAAUGUAAACUAGAAAAUAAUCGUGAUCAGUUCGAAAACUUUUUUUUCGUUGUUCAACAAAAUUCUGAAACAGUUUACAAUUAUUUACAACGAAAAAGGGAAGAACACGAGCAAUUUGAAAAUGAUCUACUUGAUUUAGAAAACUUGCCAUCUAACCCAAGUGAUUCAGAAAUUGAAAAAAUUAACGUUAAAUGGGGGAAAAAAUUGGAAACAUAUGCAAAAAACUUAAAUGAGAAAACUAAAAAGAGGCUUAUGAGUUUUUUCAAAGAAUAUGAUUGGAAGAAUUGUGUGGAAAUUUUAAAUUCUUCAGCAGGAAAUUAUCGAAAUUUUAUGAAUGCUAUAAAUAUAUUUAUAAAAGAUGGAAAUCCAGCAAAAAUAUUCAAUGCUAUAAAAACAUGUGAAGUUGAAGUACAAAUACAGGUGAAAAAAGCAAUUGAACAAAUUGCUUGUGAACAAGAAAAGAAAUCUGAGAGAGAUUUAUUCACAAAUUUUGAAAUGUUAAAACAUUUAUUUUCAAUUGAAAAACAGCCUAAAUGGCAGACUAUACAAAAAUUAAUGGAAAACAAGGUUUUGUUAGCUGCACAGGAAAUGAUUCUUUUCAAUAUUCUUAAUUACCUAGAAAAAAAGAAAUAUUUUGUUUCAAAUCAUAGUGGAAUUUUAACCUUUCUAGAUUCUUAUGUUCCUACACUUACCGGAAAGCAAUUACGUAACUAUUUAGCUCACGGAAAUCCUUUAAUUGAUAUAUUACAAGCAAAUCCUUCAGUGGCAAUUGUAUCAAAUGCUCUAGAAAUUCUGGAGAGUCCCUGUAAUAUUUUUCAAAAAACAGAACAUGAAAUUUUUAUUGGACAACCACUCUUGAAUCUUUCACAUUUCGAAGAACACCAUCAAAAUUGUCUUAAUUUCAUUACAAAUCAACUAAACCUGUUUUCAGCUGUACAGAAUGGCUCAGUUGAGAUUAUACGAAAUUUUAUGAAUGAGGGGGCCGAUAUUAACGGCAGGGAUUUUUAUGGAUGGAAUGUAUUGCACUUUGCCUCAGCAGGUAAUAAUAUAGAAUCCUUCAAAUUCCUCUUCAGUAAUAAUUUGGUCUUUGCUGAAAACAUUCGAGGUGAAAAACCACUUCACAUUGCUGCUGAAUUCGGAAGUGAAAAAAUUUUAAGUUUUUGUAUUAAAGAAAGACUUAUAAACAUUACAACAUACUUAGACAAAAAUGGGCGAACAAUUUUACAUCAUGCCGUCAAAAGCCGACAAAAAGGAACAUUAUUAACUAUACUCCAGAAUUUUACAUUAAGCCACUCAACAGGCUUUCUAAAUUUAAAAGAUGCUUUUGGAAUUACUUGUUUUCAUGUAACAAUGGGAAAUUUCACAAAAUGCAUGAAAAAAUCGUGUUGUAAAAGCGAUCUAGAAAUAACAAAAAUGCUUAUAACAAAAGGAGGAAAUCCAACUAUUAAAACAAAAUUGGGAUACACAGCAUUGCAUUUCGCAGCUCUUAACGGUUUCAAAGAGAUUAUUGAAUUUUUUUUACAUGCCUAUAAUGUAUCCGAUUUUAUGUCUGAUUUAGAAAAUGGUGCACAAGAAAUUUGUGCUAAUAAUAAUCUUUGGAACCCUUUACAUUUAGCUGCCAAAAAUGGUCACAGUGAAAUUGUAGAAAUUUUAAUAAAACACAAGUUUGAUGUAAAUUGUAAAGGAUACAAAAAUUGGACAGCAUUACAUUUAGCAGCCGGAAGUAAUCAUUUGGAAACAAUUAAAAUUUUGCUUUGUCAAGAAACCAUAGAUAUCAAUCUUCCAAAUCUUGAAAAUUCUACAGCUUUACACUUGGCAGCAUAUAUGGGACAUAAGAACGUUAUUGAAGCUUUAUUAAAUUUUGAAAAAAUUAAUAUUUUCGCUAGAGAUGGAAAUGGCUGUACAGCUUUACAUUUGGCUUGUCAAAAUGGUCAGAAAGAUAUUGUUCAAUUAUUAUGUGAUAAAUGCCUUGAUAUAAAUACAAAAGAUAACUUGCUCUGGACACCUUUAUUUUAUGCUGUUGAGGAUAAUCGUAUUGACAUCAUUAGUUUUUUAUUACAAAGAAAAGAUAUAGAUCUCAAUAAUGUAAGUAGAGAUGGUUACACAGUUUUACAUUUAGCAGCGGGUAACGGCAACAAAAAAAUUGUCGAAAUUCUUUUAACUUAUACUAAAAACAAAAACAUAAAUUAUAAAAGUUCCGAAGGUUGUACUCCUUUGCAUCUUGCAGCACAAAAUGGUCAUAAAGAUGUUGUAUUUAUUUUAUGUCAAACAAAUGGAAUCAACACAUGUUGUGUAACUAACAAAGGUCUAACAGCCUUACAUCUGGCAGCAAUAAAUGGUCACGAGGAGGUUGUUGAAGUUUUAAGUAAAGAAGUUGAUGUAAAUUUAAAAAAUGAGACAGUAGGUACUGCGUUACAUGCAGCGGCUACAAGCGGAUAUAAAGAAGUGGUUAAAGCAUUACUUAAGCAUAGUAACAUAGAAAUAAAUUCUAAAUUUUCUGAAGGCUGCACUCCAUUACACCUGGCAACGCAAAAUAAUCAUCAAGACGUUGUAAAAAUUUUGCUGAAUAACGAAAACAUAAAUAUAAAUUGCGCAAAUGAUGAGGGCUAUACUCCACUACACAUUGCUGCAUUACAUGGUCACACAGAUCUUGUUCAAAUAUUCUUGCAAAGAAAGCAUAAAGAUUUGAAUAUUUGUGCUGAAUCACAUACACGAACUAUACCUUUGCAUACGGCAUCAAUUUCCGGUCAUACGGCUAUUAUAAGUUUUCUAAUAGAUGCUGAAAUAAGUACCAUUAACCAUAAAAAUGCAAAAAAUAUAACACCUUUAAUGUACGCAUCAAUUAACGGACAUGAAAAAGCUGUUGAGUGUUUAUUAAAAUAUAAAGAUGUAGAUGUUAACAUUGUAGAUGAUUAUAAUUAUUCCGCAUUGCACUAUGCAGUUCAAUACGGCUAUCCAAAUAUUGUAAAAUUCCUGUUACAACAUUCACAAAUUAAUAUUAGCUCUGGAAGUCACGGUAACCUUACACCGUUGCAUUUAUCUGCAAAGAAGGGGGACAAACACAUAACUGAAAUUUUGUUAAACACUGGAAACAUAGAUAUUAAUGCUAAAGAUUCUGAAGGCCGGACUCCCUUACAUUUUGCAGUUCAAAAUAAUAAUGUAGAUAUUAUAGAAAUUUUAUUGAAAAAUUCAGAUGUUAAUAUUUGCUCAAAAAAUCAAGAUGGCAAUACAGCUUUACAUUUGGCAGCACAAUUCAAUUAUGAGAAAAUUGUUGAAAUUUUAUUUCGGUUUAAUUACACAGAUAUUAACUCUAAAAAUUCAGAAAAACUUACACCAUUACAUCUUGCAGCUGUAUUCGGACAUAAAAACAUUGUUUUAGCCCUAAUAAGAAAAGGUUGUGAUGUAAAUUGUAAGGGACCAGAAAAUUAUUCACCAUUACAUUUUGCUGUAAUAAAUCAAGAAAAUGAGAUCAUUCAAAUGUUAUUAUCUAGUGAAAAAAUAAAUACUAAUUCUCAAUGCAGCGAAGGAACGACACCGUUACAUAUGGCAGUGGAAAGUGAAUUUGAACAAAUAGUUGAAAUUUUAUUAAAAAACAAAAAUAUUGAUGUUAAUUUUGUUUGCAACUACGGUUCCGCAUUACAUUUAGCUGCACAAUCACGUAACACCAUAAUUAUCAAUUUGUUAAUAAAUUCAGAAAAUAUUAAUGUUAAUUUAAAAAAUGUUGAUGGUUACACUCCACUGCAUGUAGCCGUAGAAAAUAAAAAUCUAGCGGCUGUUCGUGCUUUAUUAAAUAACGAGAAAGUAGAUAUUUGCAGCACUACAAACGAAGGUGAUACACCAUUACAUUUAGCUGUCAAACAUAGUUAUGAAGAUAUAGUUAUAUACUUAUUAAAAAUUAGAAAAGCUGAUAUUAACAAAAAAAAUUCUAAAGGUUUAUCUCUUUUACAUAUUGCUACUCAAAAUAAUGACAAAAAUAUGAUAAAAACUUUACUCAAAGAACAAAAUAUAGAUGCUAAUUGUAAAGACUGCAACAAUUGUACGCCUUUACAUUAUGCAGCUUAUAAUGGUUAUGAUGAAGUUGUCUCAGAACUCCUUGAGAUUAAAAACAUAAAUAUUAAUGUUGAAAAUAUUUUAGGUUAUACUCCACUACAUUUAGCAGCAAAUCUUGGUUUUUCCAACACCAUUAAAAUUUUGUCCAUGUUUAAAGAUAUCAACGUGAAUUCAAAGAACAUGUGCUCUGAAACAGCACUUCAUCUAGCUUCACAAAAUAAUCACGCAAACUCUGUCAAAAAUUUGCUUCAAACUAUAAAUAUAGAAGUUAAUAUUAAAAAUUCUAAUGGAUGCACGGCUUUGCAUUUGGCUGCAGAAGAAGGAUUCGAAAACAUUAUUGAAAUUUUAUUAGAAAAUAGUAGUAUUGACAUCAAUACCAAAAAUUGUGCAAAUUGGACUUCAUUACACUUGGCGGUGUAUAACGGGCAUAUCAACGCUGUUAUUUCUUUAUUGAAAGGAAGCCCUGACGUUAAUUUUAAGGGCUUUAAGGAUUGGACUCCCUUACAUUUAGCAGUACAAGUAAAUAGAGAAGACAUAGUUCAUGCAUUGCUAGAAAUAGAUACAGUAGAUAUCAACGUAACAGAUUCUUGCAUGGAUACACCUUUGCAUUUAGCAGCUAGACAUGGUUUGAAGGCCAUUGUUGAAACGUUUUUAAACAGAAUAAAUGUAGAUAUCAAUUUGAAUAAUAAUUUAAAUAACUCACCAUUACACUUAGCUGUAAUAAAUAGCCAUGUUGAAAUUGUAAAGAUUUUGGUAAAUAACAUACAUUUAAAUAUUAACUCUGUAAACGACGACGGUAUGGCACCGCUUCAUAUUGCAGCAAUUAAUGGUCAAAAAGAAAUUGUAGAAGUCUUAAUCAAACAUGAAAAGGUUGACGUUAACUUAAAAAAUUCCGAGGAAUGGUCAGCUUUGCAUCUAGCUGCAAGAAAUGGCCAUGUAGAAGUUAUUUCAAUUUUACUUCUCUCUGAAAACAUUGAUGUAAAUUUAAAAGGUCACCAAGAUUGCACGCCAUUACAUUUAGCAGCAUUGAAUGGACAUCAUAGUAUCAUAAAGAUUUUUCUUUCUAAGAAAAGUAUAAAUGUUAAUUGUAAAAAUUUUUUGGAUUGGAGUCCGUUGCACCUCGCUAUUCAAAGUAAUCAUAAGCAAACGGCACGUGCAUUUUUGGAUGCCGCAGAGAUUAUCGACGUUAACUCUAAAGGUAAUUUGAAAUUUACUCCAUUGCAUAUAGCGGCUUAUAACGGGUUCGAAGAAAUAACACAAAAUCUACUCCAAUUUGAAAGCAUAGAACCAAAUAGUAAAAUGAUUGAAGAAUAUACGCCUUUACAUCUGGCCUCACAAAAUGGUCAUAAGCAUAUUAUUGAAAUUUUUCUUCAAGACCAAAGAAUUAAUUUUGAUUGCAUUGAUUCAGAGCAUAAUACGUGUAUGCAUUUCGCAGCUUUAAAUGGACAUGUCGCAAUUGUAGAAAUAUUAUGCAAAACUAAAAGAAUUGACGUAAAUUCUAAAAACAUUAGCGGAUUAACACCAUUUCAUAUGGCAGCGCAGAAUGGACACACAAGUGUCAUUGAACUUAUGCUUAGUUUUAAGGAAGUUAAUGUUAAAUCACAAGACACAGAGAAUAAUACUGCAUUACAUUGGUCAAUACAAAAUGGACACAUUCAAACUGUUGAAUUAUUAUUAGAAAAUAAAAUUAUCGAAUUUGAUACAAUGAAUUGCAAAGGCUUAACACCAUUACAUUUAAGUGCGCAAUAUGGAUAUAAAUCUAUUGCAGAAAAGUUAUUAAGAGAGCGCAUAAACUCAAACCCUACAGAUAUUAAAGGAAGAACUCCUUUACAUUUAGCAGUUCAAAACAAUCAUAUAGACGUUAUUGAAAUUUUGGCGAAAGCCAACACAGGUCCAAACUCAAAAGAUUGCGACGGAUUUACAGCCUUACAUGUAGCUGCUGAGACAGGCCAUCGCGAUUGCCUUUUAAGUUUACUACAAAUUAGAGAUAUUGAUAUUAAUUGCAAGGACUCCAAAGGAAAUACUCCGUUGCACUUGGCAGCACAAAAUGGUCACGCCGAAAUUGUAAAAAUUUUAUGUGAAACUGAAAAUAUUCAAAAUAAUCUCAAAAAUUCGAAUAACUUAACACCAUAUAAUUUAGCUGAACAAGGUGAAUAUAAAAGUGCCGUUCAUAUUCUCUUGCAAUUCAUUAAAAUAAACUCUGAUUGUAAGAAUGUCGGGAAUCAUUUAGAGUCAGAACCAGCAGCAGAAAAAAAAAACAGUAAAAUCUGUGAGAUUUCAUUAGGAAUGAAAAAUAUUAAAAUAAACGAAAGAAAUUCAAAUGUUUAGAAAUUUUAUUUUACGUUUUAUACGAACUAUUCAAUAAAAUUUGAACAAAAAGAUAUGUAAUAUUACAAAAAAACCUAU